GGGCCUUUCCCUUUCCCUGGAGUGGCGAGGAAUCCAUCUUGUGCAAAACCUCAUUUCAAUUCCUUCCAGUAUGUUUAUUUAUUUCUUCAGCUUCUGCUGCUGCUCCUCCUCCUCCUCCUCCUUCUUCAUAAGGUUGGAGAGAGAGAGAUGUAAUUUGUGGAGUAAUUUUCUUUUUUGAGCAAAAAACAAAGAAAGCUUUUACAGGUUGGAGAAGGAGGAGAAAAUGUGGACCAAUGUAUUCAAAAUUGGUGGUCUGCAUCAUGUAUCAUGGUUCCAGUUUCUCCCUAGUGAAUCUGAUUUGAACUCUUUACCUGAUAAGAGUGUAAAAGUAGAGCAGAAAAACUUUGCUACAUGGCUUGUGCUCUCAGCUCAUUUUCAGUUGCAGAAGGAGGGGUUUCUAAGCACAUGGACCAAUUCCUUUGUUGGACCUUGGGAUCCAUCACAGGGUCUACAUAAUCCUGAUGAGAAAAUAAAGCUCUGGCUUUUCCUUCCUGGACGUUGCUCAUCUGUUGUUGAUAAGGCACAGGCUGCAGUGUCUAGAUUAAGAGUUGUUGCAUCUGGAGUUUGGGUGGCUCCUGGGGACUCUGAAGAGGUUGCAGCAGCCCUUUCUCAGUCUUUGAGGAAUUGUAUAGAGAGAGCAUUGACCGGGCAUUCAUACAUGAGGUUUGGAGAUGUAUUUUUAAAGUACCAUCCAUCUCAAAGUGAAGGACUUUCCAGGAAAGGACGGCCCACAGUUGAAUUCAUCUUUUCUGCCUCUGAGGAGGCGAUCUUUGUGCACGCGAUAAUAUCUGCAAAGCAUAUCCGUGCACUUUCAAAUGGUGAUGUGGAAAGAGUUUUAAAACAGUCUUCUUCUAAUUCCAGUUAUAGGCUUCCAGUGAUUGCUUCUCCCCAUGGAAUUCGUGGUUCACUGACAGGAUGUUGUCCAAAUGAUCUUGUCAGGCAAGUGUUCAUGAGUUCUGGCAAGUCUAAGACAUUGAAUGGAUUUAUUGGCCAGCCAUAUCAUGUUUCUCAAGGGCCUGGCUGCCAGCUGAUGGAGCAAAAUUGCUAUGUUGAAAUUACACUAGGUUGCCCAAGGUCAGAGAGUGACAAGGAAUUGGAAACAAACUUGCAGUCAACUAAGAAUUCAUCCAAGAAUCAUAUUGCAGAAUCUCCUGCAGUAAGAAGAGGUGAUCAGAAGGUAUCACCAGAUCACUUAUCAGCUUAUGAGAAAGCAUUUAUUUAUCCAGUUGAAGCAAUUGUUGUCCCAGUCUUGCCAAAAUCUUUUGCCAGGUCUUCUUUGAAAAGAUUUUGGCUACAAAAUUGGAUAGGGCCAUCACUGCCUGGUUCAUCAUUCUUUAUGCACUGUGGUGGUGAUACAGAUUUUCUGGAAGGAUCUUGGAUUGAAUCUAAUGGAUUACGUAUGCAGCACAGCUAUAACAGUAGUAGCAAUAGUAAUAGUAGCAGCAUCAGCUCCAUAAUUAGCGGCUCUAGUGAUAGUGAUUACAAGAUGACCACCGGUGAGCUUGAGGCUGAUGGUGAUUCCUUGUCAUGCAGACAAUCUGGUUUAUCUUCCAAUGAUCAGAUGGAAAUUGAUGACCUCAAAUUGGGUUCUAAGCGUCCUCGAACAGGAAUGACUGAGCCAUAUGGUCCAGUGGGCACGGUUAAAAAUGCUCCUUUGCAAGAGUUUGGUUCAGUUGAAGUUAAUGCUUCAGCUAUAACAGGAAUGGCAAAUGAGCAGAUUGGAUCUCGUUGGGAUUGGGAUGAUGACAGGGGUGCAGGAAUGGAUAUCCAAGCUCUUCUCUCUGAAUUUGGUGAUUUUGGCGACUUCUUUGAGAAUGAUGAUCUGCCUUUUGGAGAGCCUCCUGGAACAGCAGAGUCACAGGCUCUUAUGUUUUCUGGUCAAGAUUGUGGUGAAGUUGCUAACACUCCUAUAGGAGUAAUGGAUGUUGUGGAUCAGAUGCUUCCGCCAGCAGCUUUCCCAUCUUUCGAAAGUUUUAAUCCAUCUCCUGCAGUAGCCAUAGAUGAAAGUGCCAGCAAAAGCCAAGAAGCCACUCACGGUGCUCUGGCAUUAGUUCCAGUGAACUGCACUCCACCAUCUUCUUCAGGUGAGUUUGAUUAUUUAAUCAAAGCCGAAGCUUUGUUGACACUUGCCCCAGAAUAUGGUGCAGUUGAAACCCCUACAAGCGAAUUCUCCUCAUCAAUUUUCAGACGCCCAUAUUGUCCAAAAUCUCGCCAAGUGGAGAGCUCAAAUCCAAGUUCAAAUAAGUAUGCAUAUGGUGCAACACCACCACCUUCUCCUUUCUUUGAAGGAUCAAAUGAGAAAACAGGUAUGCAGGUGAAUCUGAAAACAGGUGCUGGAAGGAAUGACACAAAAAAAUAUUACACUCUUGUGGAAAGUGGGAAAGUGCAUCUUGAUAGAAGAACUUUCAUAUUUAAUGAAAGUCAUCCUACAAGUGAGGCGAUGGUGCCAUCUCCAUUAUUGACUUCCAAUUCCUCAAAUACUGCCCAGAGGAAUAUGAGUGAUGGCAUACUAGGAGCUGAAAAUUUCUUAUUUUCUAUGAAGACUGUUCUGGCAACUGAAGUAGAAUGCAUUAUGUUUCAAGCUUCCAUGUGCAGUAUGCGACACAUGCUGUUGUCUUAUGGUAACCCUACACCUGUAAAUUUGAGUAGGUUAAGUGGAAGCACUGUUUUGAAUCAGCUGCACGGUGAUGCAAGUACCAUGACAGACAGCAUAUCUGGCAGGUAUGAAGUGAAGAAAAAAGAAUCUAUACCAGUUAGAAUAGCUGGGGAUAUGGAUGGGGGAUUGCUAGAUGGACACCUCAAUGCACCUGUAGGUGUUUGGCGCUCUGUUGGAGUUCCUAAAUUAACAAAACAUACUAGUUCAUCACCAAAUAUUGAAGUUAGUGCAUCCUUGCCACACCAUUCAUUCAGCGAGGAAGGAAUUCUCUCUUAUAGGCAAAGGCAGCAGCCGCUGCAGGAGCUUUUGGAUGGCAUGGCAUUGCUUGUCCAACAAGCUACUUCCUUCGUUGAUGUGGCUCUGGAUGCAGAUUGUGGUGAUGGUCCUUAUGGUUGGCUUGCAUUACAAGAACAUUGGAGGCGUGGAUUUUCUUGUGGGCCUUCCAUGGUCCAUGCAGGUUGUGGGGGGGCUUUGGCUGCUUGUCAUUCUCUGGACAUUGCUGGCGUAGAACUAGUUGAUCCACUUUCUGCUGAUAUUCAUUCUUCUGCAGUGAUUAGCUUGCUGCAGUCUGAAAUUAAAACAGCCUUAAAAUCUGCAUUUGGGAAUUUGGACGGUCCAUUAUGUGUCACUGAUUGGUGCAAAGGCCGCUUUCAGUCAGGUGAUGGAGCAACCACAUGCGAUGGACCCAUUGGGGAGUCCACUUUUACUGGAUGCAAAGAUUCAAGCAUUGUAACACUGCCUGUUGGAGAACCAAUGAGCCCAGCCCUCUCUUGUGCUGCUGGAUCAUCGUCCCUCAAAGCAUCCAGUACAUUGGAUGGAGCUAAAGUGGAUGAGACAUCCCAAAGGAGAUCAAACCAGGAAAUAGAGCCAGAGCUGCGUUUCAGGAUAAAGCCGACAGUGUUUGUUCUUCCCUCACCUGCUAUUCUUGUUGGGUACCAGGAUGAUUGGCUUAAGACAUCGGCAAGCUCUUUACAACUCUGGGAAAAGGCUCCUUUUGAACCAUAUGCUUCACCAAAACCAAUUAGUUAUUAUGUUGUAUGUCCAGACAUCGAUCCCCUUACUUCUGCUGCUGCAGAUUUUUUCCAACAACUUGGAACUGUUUAUGAAACUUGCAAACUGGGAACUCAUUCACCUCAGAGUUUGGGAAACCAUAUGGAGAUGGAUGCUGGGAAAUCUUUGUAUACUGGUUUCGUACUACUUGAUUGCCCUCAAUCAAUGAAGAUAGAAAGCAGUAAUGCAUCUCUUGUGGGAUCGAUAAGUGAUUAUUUUCUCUCUCUCUCCAAUGGUUGGGACCUGGCGAGCUAUCUUAAGUCUCUCUCAAAAGCUGUCAAGGCUUUGAAAAUAGGUCCAUCAUUAUUGGCAAACCCAAAAGAAGGAAGUAGCAGUUCUUGUAUGGUUAUCUAUGUGGUGUGCCCCUUUCCUGAACCUGCUGCAGUUCUACAAACUGUCAUUAAAUCCUCUGUUGCUAUUGGAUCAAUCAUUCCCCCAGCCGAUAGAGAGAGGAGGUCUAUGUUGCUGGGUCAGGUCAGGAAAGCAUUAAGCAGCUUGGCAGCUGUGGAUGACGCAUCAGCAUCAAAUGUUCUAGUACUUUCAGGGUUUAGCACUCCUAAAUUGGUAUUGCAAAUUGUGACAGUUGAUGCCAUUUUUAGGGUUACAAGUCCAGCUCUUAAUGAGCUCAUCAUUCUUAAGGAGACUGCUUUCACAGUCUAUAAUAAGGCUCGGCGAAUUUCAAAAGGAUCUUCAAAUGAUGUUCAGUCAUCAUCAGCGUCAAGUAGAUCUCACUCGGCAUUAACACAAAUGAGUUCUGUUCCAGCAAUGUGGAAUUCUUUACCACGAGAGGCUGACAUUGAUUCUAGAUUGAGAGCCGGUACCUGGGAUAAUUCCUGGCAAACAAUAAGGACUGGAAGCUUGACCUGUGAUCCAAACAGAAAUGGAGAUUUUUCUCUUCAAGAUGAGAUUCACUACAUGUUUGAACCACUUUUUAUUCUUUCAGAGCCUGGAUCUCUGGAGCAUGCUGUCACGCCUGCAGUUUUUGGUAAUUUAGGCUCUGAAUCUUUAAAGAUGCAAUCUGAUGAUAGCAGUGGAAGCUUCAUGCAAAGUGCAAGCUCAGCAGGGAGUGUGGAUACUGGAUCUAGCUCUCAACAUGAUGGAUCUGAGCCCACUGGCUUUGGAUCUAGUCAUCAAAAAGCACUUCCAAGUCUGCAUUGCUGCUAUGGAUGGACAGAGGACUGGCGUUGGCUAGUUUGCAUCUGGACAGACGCAAGAGGAGAAUUGCUUGACAGCCAUAUAUUCCCUUUUGGUGGAAUUAGCAGUCGCCAGGAUACAAAAGGUCUGCAAUGCCUUUUUGUGCAAGUUUUGCAGCAAGGAUGUCAGAUACUUCAGUCUUGCUCCUCUCCUGAUACUGGCAGUGUAAAGCCUAGAGAUUUUGUGAUUACUCGCAUUGGAAGCUUCUUUGAGCUUGAGUACAUAGAGUGGCAGAGAGCCAUUUAUUCAGUUGGGGGUUCUGAGGUGAAGAAAUGGCCACUGCAACUACGGCGCUCAAUGCCUGAUGGGAUGGCUGCAAGCUCUAAUGGUGCUUCCUUGCAGCAGCAGGAGAUGAGUUUAAUUCAAGAAAGAACCCUGCCUUCCUCACCUAGUCUAUUGUAUAGCCCUCUCUUGAAAGCAUCUGGCUAUAUGAAGGGUGGUUUGGGGCAACCUUCUUCGAGAAAACAGCUUAUGGGUGGGCACACUGUUGUUGACAACUCAAGGGGGAUGCUUCAGUGGGUGCAGAGCAUCACUUUUGUUACAAUUUCAGUCGACCAUUCUUUACAUCUAAUGUUUCAGGCUGAUAUGCCAUCUCCUGGAGGAAAUGGCAGUAGUGUUGGCCCAUCAAUCUAUCGGGAAGGUAUCUCUCCUGUCAAGUCUCUUGGUUCAACAUCCGCAUCUUACAUUUUGAUUCCAUCACCCAGCAUGCGCUUCCUUCCCCCAACACCUUUGCAGCACCCCACAUGCCUCACUGCUGAAUCCCCACCACUUGCUCAUCUCCUUCAUAGUAAGGGAUCUGCAAUUCCUCUCUCCACUGGUUUCGUGGUUUCAAAAGCUGUACCUUCCAUGAGGAACGACUAUAGGAGCGAUGCAAGAGAAGAAUGGCCUUCAGUUCUUUCUGUGAGUCUCAUUGAUUAUUAUGGAGGUAACAACAUGACCGAAGAUAAAAUGUAUAGAGGGAUUAUGAAGCAAGGGGGACGGACUUUAGGCACAGAUGGUAAAGAUUUAGAAAUCGGGACCCAAUUAAUUCUUGAAAACAUCGCAGCAGAACUUCAAGCCCUAUCUUGGAUGACUGUGAGCCCAGCAUACUUGGAGCGACGAACUGCUCUCCCAUUUCAUUGUGACAUGGUUUUAAGACUCAGAAGACUGCUUCAUUUUGCUGAUAAAGAGCUCUCUUCACAGCCUGGUCGGUCACAGGUAUAAGAGAGAAGCAACUUGCUUGGUUUUUCUCUUUCUAGAUAUUUAAGAAGACUCAGAAAUCUCAAGCAAAACUCUGUCCGUGCCGUGCCGCUCUGCGCCGCAUCUUCAUCCUCCUAUGUACAAUAAACUGUAAAAUGUAAACGUGAUUGUAGCCUGCUGAUAGACAGCCCUCCUUUUUGAAGGCCUAGAAAGUAAGAAAUGAAAUGUUUGGGAGGAAAUAGUUAGAUCUAACAGGUAUAGUUUUGACAGCAGAUGCUGAAGAUGUAAAUGAAUAGGACAGUUCAUUGUUUCUCCAGGCACAGCAUGUUUGUAGAGAUCUUUAGUAUAUGUUAGACAUUAUCACCAUUGUAAUAGUGUCCAUUGUUCUUCAUCUAGUUCAAAUUUUUAUUUUUUUUGGUUAUUA